AUGACUUUACUGCCCCCAAUCCUCGCUCAGUCCACCUUGGGCGAGAAGUGCGUAGUAUACAUAGACCAGGUCACCGACGUCCUCCCUAUUCACUUACGUUCCCUCCGCCAUCAACUGGACACUAUUCUCACCUAUUUUUCCAACACGUCCCUCGGUCCUCUCGCGCGAAAGCUGCCAUUUGCCCCAGACAACCAGUCCAUCGCCCUGUUUGCAGCUGUUGCUGCCUGCCUGUUCACUGUCGCCGUGAUGAGUUGGCGCAACCCCUUUAAAUUACUUCGCCGCACGCCGAGUUACGCUCCCGCAUCCAACCCGCAGGUUAACGAUGGAGACUUCAGCUAUAUCACACCCUCAGACAUCGCCGACCCGCCGGUAGAUGAUACUGAGCCCGAUAUCAUUGCCCUCCGCCACCGUGGCACCAUCUACCCUUUGCGCUUCCGCGCAUACGCGAUCGACGACGGUAUCUUGACCAUCGGAGACCUACGGGAGGCUGCUGCCAAGAGCACAGGAGCCGGCCAUCCGGAAUGUGUGAGACUGCUAUACAAGGGAAAGCUACUCAAGAACAAUGCGCGGACAUGCAAAGCCGAGGGGCUCAAGCAGCACUCCGAGGUGCUAUGCGUGGUAUCCGAAACAGGAGCGGGAUCCUCCGACGACAACGGACAAAACAGUCCUGUAACUACGUCGGCGCCAUCACCGCCGCCGCUCCCCCGUCCCACUAGUGCAGGAGACGCAUCGUCCCCUCCCACACCGACGAGUGGAAAGAGCAAGAACUCGAAAAAGAAGAAACGCAAUGGCAAGAAGUCACCUGUCGGCGUAGAAGACCCCGGUUCAUCUCGGCCGCCACGGCCUACGUCGUCAGGCCACUCAGGCGUUCCCGCCCCGCCGCCCAACCUUAAGUUGCUGCGUACACCGCUGGAACAGGUCACUGCUUUGGCCGGAUGGUUUGAGCAGGAGAUGAAGCCACUUUGUGAGGAAUACAUUGCGAACCCGCCCACCGAUCCAAAGAAGCGGGAUUAUGAACAUAAGAAAUUGGCUGAGACGAUCGUCGCACAAAUCCAGUUGAAGGCGGAUGGGAUCGAGCCUAAUGGUGAUGAGAUGGCUCGCAGUGCACGCCGGGCCCUCAUCAAGGAUACGCAGGUGGUCCUCGGCGAGCUGGAUAGAAUUGCAUAG